AUGUCAAUUCGUCAACCAUACCUUCAAGCCCACCAAAUUUCCUGGCGUAUAUGCGCCUACAUCGGACCACUCACAGCUGGACGUGCCAUCUCCUACCACUUCGACUUCGAGAUCCUCCAAAACAUCAGAUUUGAGUAUGAACCAACCUGGAUACAAUUCAUCAGCCCCUGUCCGUAUGAUGUUACCGUUAGGUUGUGGACAGAAUUUGAUAGAGGAGGAGAGAUGGAAGAAGUGCAUUUUGAUAACAAUGAUCUGCAUGUCGUCCAGAUCAGGCCGUUCAAGAGUUGGACUCUUUUGAGGAGACAGGAUUUGAAGGUUAACGAAACGGUAGAUGGGGAGGGAAAGGAGGAGAGAGUCAACGGGGAAAAUGUUAAUGAGAAAAAAAGGAGACGGAGUGAAGAUGAUAAUUACGAAGUCAGGGUAAAUGGGAUUUUGGAGGAGUGGACAAAUGCGGUUUGA